ACAGGGCUCUGAGCCUUGUUUCUCCUGAGCGGGCGGUAGUACUUCGACUCCCACCCAGGGGCCUACCACGGAAGCCAGUGCGUUUUCUGCAUGAGCUAAGAGCCACUUUCGCAGUGCACUUUCUACGUGGUAGCCCUGUCGGAGCGCCUUGUCUUUGCAGCUGCUCACCCAUUGGUGGCACUUGGGAGUCCAUUCGAAGCUGGAAGUGUUUCAGGCCCUGCAGAGGCUGCACAUGACCAUUUUCUGCCAGAACGUCUCACCCUGCGGGAAGUUCCUGGCGGCUGGCAACAACUACGGGCAGAUAGCCAUCUUCAGUUUGUCUGCCGCCCUGAGCUCCGAGGCCAAAGAGGAAAGUAAGAAGCCGGUGGUGACCUUUCUAGCCCACGAUGGACCCGUCUACAGCAUGGUCUCUACUGACAGGCAUCUGCUUAGUGCUGGCGACGGGGAGGUGAAGGCCUGGCUGUGGGCAGAGAUCAUCAAGAAGGGCUGUAAGGAGCUGUGGCGUCGUCAGCCCCCAUACAGGACCAGCCUGGAAGUGCCUGAGAUCAAUGCUUUGCUUCUCGUCCCCAAGGAGAACGCCCUCAUCCUUGCUGGGGGCGACUGCCAGCUGCACACUAUGGACCUUGAAACUGGGACCUUCACGCGGGCCCUCCGUGGCCACACAGACUACAUCCACUGCCUGGCACUGCGGGAGCGGAGCCCCGAGGUGCUGUCGGGCGGCGAGGAUGGGGCCGUGCGGCUUUGGGACCUCCGCACGGCCAAGGAGGUCCAGACAAUCGAGGUCUACAAGCAUGAGGAGUGCUCGAGGCCCCACAACGGGCGCUGGAUCGGGUGUUUGGCCACUGACUCGGACUGGAUGGUCUGCGGCGGGGGCCCGGCACUCACGCUCUGGCAUCUCCGUUCCUCCACGCCCACCACCAUCUUCCCCAUGCGGGCACCUCAGAAGCACGUCACCUUCUACCAGGACCUGAUCCUGUCAGCCGGCCAGGGCCGCUGUGUCAACCAGUGGCAGCUGAGUGGGGAGCUCAAGGCCCAGGUGCCCGGCUCCUCCCCAGGCCUGCUCAGCCUCAGUCUCAACCAGCAGCCAGCAGCCCCCGAGUGCAAGGUCCUGACUGCCGCGGGCAACAGCUGCCGCGUGGAUGUCUUCACCAACCUGGGCUACCGAGCCUUCUCCCUGUCCUUCUGACCUCGAGACCUCCCCGGCUGGCGCGGAGUCUUUGUUUACUAAUAAAACGUCAGGCUUUCCUUCCUGGUGCUUUCUUCUCAAGGAAGGAGGCCAGGUUGGCGUAAGGCUUUAUAUAUUACUCUGUCCCGUCUUGAUACAUGAAUACCCUCUCCCAGCCCUGGCCUGGGGCACGCCAGGGGCACAGUGCCCGGGAAGGACAGACCUAUACAGACUGGAGAAACAGACAGCUCUGCCCCACCGGCCCCCGCCACCCACCUGGGGCCUGUGGCCCUCAAAGCUGGCCCCUGUCCCUAGUAAGUCCACGGCCGGCCGCCAGCCCCCUUUGAAAGACAGUCCCGGUCCUGCGGCUCCGCGAGGCGGAAGCGGAAAGGGAGCCAGAGAGAGCGCGCGCGGCCAGGCCCUCAGGUCCUUCGGAAGAGGCUGCUGAG